UUAAUACCCACGUGGCUUUUAGACUCUGCUGCGUUUGUAGGACAGUCAAGAUGACCGAGAUGGAUGUAGAUAGUUCAAAAGCUGUGGUUGAUCUGACUCAAGUGACCCUAGACGAGGGGAUAAGCUCUGCUGUAGUGCCUUCUGCUGGUCUACUGGAUGUACUUGAGAAUGAGAAGUAUUGUGAUGUCACCUUUGUUGUUGAUGGAGAAAAAUUCAAAGCACAUCGAGUGAUCCUUGCCUCGCAGUGUGAAUACUUUGACAGACUGCUGUAUGGGCCCCUUAAGGAGGCGAAAACUGAUCAGAUAGCACUCCAAGACACUCCAGCGGCUGCAUUUCAAUACCUCCUCAGAUAUUUGUACACUGGGCAACUGGAAACUAUUGACAUUCAGGCUGCAUUGGACUUGCUGUGUCUGGCUGAUCGCUACCAACUCAAUGAGCUCAAGUCCUGUUUGGAGCAGAAUCUCUCUCAUCAUUUGAGCAUCAGUACUAUCUUCCAGUUUCUCUUCUAUGCCGAGGCUUACAACUGCAGCGACCUUCAUCAGAUAUGUACCACCUAUAUCGAAUGCAACACACAUAGUGUUUUAUGUAGUGAGGUCAUUCUCAAUUUGCCUUACAGUCACUUCAAAUCGUUUGUCUCUCGCGAUCAACUACUGGUAGAUGAGAUUGAAGUGUUUGACACAGUACAGAAAUGGAUUGCUCAAAACAAUCCUGAGACGAGGGAGAGGGAGAAAUUGCUGAAAUGUAUUCGGUUGUCGGAGAUAUCAGCCAGUCAGCUACAAGAGAAGGUUGCUUCCAGUGGCCUCUUUGACAAACCUGUUAUCUCCAAGGCACUGGAGAUUCAGAGCAGCGCUUCUGAGGUGACGGAUGGUGAUAUGCCUCGUGGAAGAACUACCGAUAGCAAUCUGUUUGCUGAUGCUGCCACCACAAUCGAGAAUUACGAGAACUUUAGUCUCAAAGUUCACCCUGACUUUUAUGGUGAGGCUUUUCGAGGCAAACCCUCAGACUACAAGUUCUAUAUUCUCUCUCGAGCCUCACAUAAAGUCUCUUCCAUCACCCUCAUGCUUUGUGACGUGUUCCUUGUCAAUAAACUCAAGUUUGAGGCCUACUCCGACUCGUGGAGAGAGGAUGGAAAUUUUGAUGAAAUAAAGGAGCCAUUCUCGUACAAGAUUGAAGUGUCAAAGGACUCGAAUUCGUGGAUGACGGUUAUUGACCAUUCCAACUGCAAGUGUUACUUCACUCAGCAACUUUACUUUCCAAGGAAGGCAGUUCAGUAUAUAAAGUUGACCAUAAUGAGGGCACAUGACAACCUGCAAGUUAGGUUCCUCAGUUGCUCCUGCAGUUCCAGUGAGCAAGAACCACAGUUCCGGCACUCCAAUGGAAUUCUAGCUCCAUUGACUCCGUUGACCCCAGCAGUCAUUAAUUUCAUGACUGUAGUUCACAAAGGUGUCAGAUGCUUUCUCACCCUACACCAACCCUACUCCAUCUCUUCAAUCACGCUGAAGGUGUGUGGACUGGUGGGGUCGGCUCAUGUGGUGGUCAGCGUCUCGCUUGUGAACAAAUACAAACAGUACCAGGUUGUGGCCGACUUGAAGAACUGCAUUUUGAAUGAGAGUGACUUGCAGAUCACAUUCCAGGAGAGAGUGGUGGCAAUCAUUACUGUCGAUAUCCUCGAUUUUUCUGUGGAGGGUCAACUUGUACCACUCUCGAAGGACACACCCAUCAGUAUUAAAAAUAUUGUCAUUGGGCAAGCUAUAGUUAGUUGAACAAAUGACAUUUUAUUGUGACUUUCUUUAAUUGUUGUGUUGUGUUGUGUUUGUCAGGCUAGUCUAUAAUCGUUGUCGCAAUCAUAAUUAUGUUUUUAUGCUAUCCAAAUUUA